CCGCACGUUGAGGCCGCACGCGCUGUUGCGGUGGUACGACUGUUAGAGUACUGUACUUGUGUGAGUGUUGUGGCCGACUGUCCAUGUGACAACUCCUGUUGGAUAUUGACAGGGCAGUGACGGUGUAGUGCCAGUGUUGUGCAGUGUUAGUGGCAGUGUUCACGAUGUUGCGUCGGGUCAUCCAACUUCUGCCCAAGGUGGAUACUACAGGCCUCGCCUGCUGUCUCCUUGCGUUCCUUCUGUACUACAACACUCUAGAUGCUGACUUCGUCUAUGAUGACAGCCGAGCAAUUCUACGCAAUCCAGACGUCCUCUCUUCUACGCCUCUGACUGAACUGUGGCACAACGACUUCUGGGGAACUCCCUUGAACUCCAGCGGUUCUCACGGUUCCUACCGGCCUCUCUGUGUACUCACCUUCCGCCUGAACCACUGGGCCUGUGGCUUCAGGCCAGGAGCCUUCCACAUGGUCAACGUCCUCCUUCACGUCCUGAACACCGGCCUGGUCCUGCGGGUGGCUCGAGUUCUACUUCCGUCCCCCGCAGCCUCACUAGCCACACUUCUGUUCGCCGCCCACCCCAUCCACACUGAGGCCGUCUCCGGAAUUGUGGGCCGAGCGGACCUACUCGCCUGUUCUUUCUACCUCCUGUCUUUCGUCGCCUACAUGUUCCACAUCCGGCUGAGAGACCGUAACGCCAAGUCUAAGAUGAAGAGUUUCACGAGCAAAACGAAAAUGAAAUGCUGCCAAGAAUCAGAAAACGGAAGUUGUUUACUUGUAGAUAACAUACAGGAUUUACUCGGCUACCUUCGGCUUACUUCGAGCUCCUUCGGCCUGAAGGAUCUCCCUUAUUCUUCCUCUAUCGCUCGCCAGUGGGUCUGCCUGGCGGUGUGUCUAGGGUUCGCAGCCGCUGCCAUGCUCAGCAAGGAAACAGGAGUCACCGUGCUUCUCGUCUGUGCUGCUUAUGAUGUAAUAAGAUCUUCUAGAAUAUGGCCUGGAACUUUGCAGCUGCUGCUGAGCCUGAUCGUUCUAGCUCUAGGACUAUGUGGAAUGCUGCUGCUCAGACUCUACCUGAUGGGAGCGCACACCCCAGCCUUCGCCUCAGCAGACAACCCCGCGGCGCGCUCCCCUUGGCUGCUUACAAGGCUCCUCACAUUUCUCUACCUCCCCGUCUUCAACCUGCAACUACUGCUGUGGCCGCGUUGGCUCAGCUUCGACUGGUCCAUGGACGCCAUUCCGCGGGUUUCUUCGGUCUACGACUCCAGGAACAUCCUCGUGGUGAUCGUAUAUUACUCUUUCUUCAAGAGCUGCCGAGUCGCCUUCAGGAGAGUCUUCGAGAAGAAAGAUCCAUCUGAAAAGGGGUCCUGGAAGACUUUGAAGUUCAGCAGAAAAGUGAGGAGCUGUUCUUCGUGCAGACAUCACCUUGGAGACCACCACUCAGCGGUGUGUCGUGCCAACAACAACAACAACCACGUGUCACGUUGUGAUUGCAGACAACCGCAAAUCUCAUGUGUGAACCCAUCGCUCCCAGAGAAUGUUAGAACUACCAGUGAAACGUUUUUGAUAUGUGUGAUAUUCUUAGUGUUCCCUUUCCUCCCAGCGACAAAUGCUCUGUUCUACGUUGGUUUUGUGGUCGCUGAGAGAGUUCUGUAUCUGCCCAGCGUGGGCUACUGCUUCCUUAUCGCUUUUGGGAGUCACAUCGUCAGCAAGAAGUCCAAUAGACGCUUGGUUAGAGCCAUGUUUAUCCUGCUCCUUGUGGUGCUCAGUGGGCGGACGAUUAGAAGGAACAGAGACUGGAGGAACGAGGAGAGCCUUUACAGCUCAGGCAUUCCUGUAAAUCCACCAAAAGCCUACGGUAACUUAGGAUCCGUGCUCAGCUCUCAGGGCCGCAUGGACGAGGCAGAGAGGGCCUACAACUUGGCGCUCAAGUACCGACCCAACAUGGCCGACGUCCAUUAUAACUUGGGUAUUCUUCUACAAGGCAGAGGACAGUUCGAGGAAGCUAUAAAAAGCUACCACAACGCAAUCCAAUGUAGACCUUCAUUAGCAUUGGCUCACCUGAACCUAGGCCAACUGCUGGCGAGCCGAGGCCACUGUGAGGAGGCCGAGCGAGUGUUCAGGAGGUGUGCCACUCUGGAUGUCACCGGUCUCAAGGAUCCACGUCUUCACGAGGAGACAAAGAUGGCGGCACUGCUACACCUGGGACGUCUCCACGCCGACCGUGGGCGGUACAUGGAUGCCGUCAGUGUGUACAGGGAAGCGGUGGAUAUGAUACCCGCGCAUUACCAACCUCAGGUGCUGUAUAACCUUCUGGGCGAGUCUUUGUCGAGGCUGGGACACCAUGACGAAGCCGAGGUCUGGUAUAAAGCCGCACUAGACGCUAAACCUGACCACGUCCCCGCUCACAUCACUUACGGCAAACAUCUGGCCAGGAAUAAAACAAGAAUACCGGAAGCCGAACAGUGGUUUAUCAAAGCUCAGAAACUUGCGCCCUCUGACCCAUCAGUGUAUCAGCAAUACGGUCAGAUGCUGAGUGUGCAGGCACGCCAUGAAGAAGCAGCUCAGCAGUACAUGCACGCUGCACAGUUGGCUCCUCAGAACUACGAGCUAGUGCUAGGUGCGGCUACAGCUCUCAGGCAGGCUAGCCGCUACUCGUUGGCUGAAACCUUCUACAGGCGAGCCGUGAGCCUCAGGCCUAACGACUCAUCGAGCCAUAGCAACCUAGGAGCCAUGCUGCACCUCAGUGGCAAGUUGACGGAAGCUGCUGCCUGCUACAGGGAAGCCCUUAGAAUCGACCCUGACGAUGUGACUACCCUGACAAACCUUCACAAAUUAAGGCACCUCAUGGCUCGCAUAGAAACGUGACGUCAUCAGGCGUGUCCCAACCUUACCACAUUCUACACGGACCAAGUCUUCAUCACCUAACCCGCUGUGCCAACGAUCUUUGAUGUUUGUUAUAACGAAGCCACUGACUUUUUCUAUCAGAUUUAUCAACACUACAGAGUUGUUGUGAUUGAGAUGUCUUCUCCAACGACACUAGCUUUUGAUUACCUUUAAUUGUUAACCGUGAUAAAUGAUAAACGAAUUAGACAAGUGCUGUAAAGAGGCUGAUUAUCGUUUCAGUUGCAAGUAUUGUUAAUGUUUUAAUUAAAAGGCCUAAUCUUGUAUAUUAACAAUUUGAAACGUGAAUUUGUGUGAGGGUUUGUUAUAAUAUCGGUGACGACGAUCAUUAUAGUAUAAUUUUUGCAUAUAUUAUUUUUGGCCCUGAUAAACUAAAUUUUAAUGUUUUCUGGACCAAAUUUUAUAUCCUAAUUUGUCAGAAACGACUCUUGUCUUUUUUUAUAAAAAUAAAUCCUACGUAGUAUUACUAUCAAGCGUGGCCUUAGUUAUUUAGUAAAACGACUUUCUUUUACAUUUCUUUACUAGAGUUCAACAAAUUUAGUUUUUCAAGUGACAGUGAGUUAAAAGGAACAGGUAAUAGGAAAAUUACAAUAUUACUAUACAAAUAUGAUAUACAACACGAACCUAAAAGGUAAUUUAGUGUUGACUAAUCAGAGACUGUUGAUAUGUUGGUGUAUUAACACUAUAUUCCUUUGAUGUCCAGUUUUGCCGUUCAGGUGCUAAACUAUCUCCGUUCCUCCUAGCGUAUCUGCGUCAACUAUGUUUGUACCUAUACAUUUAACGUUAGCAUAUACAUACCUGACAAUACUGCAAAGCUUUUUAUAGUUAAGAUAUAUGUUCGUAUAUUUACCUGUGUUUGGGGUUUAAUCUAUAAAGUGAUAUGUAUUUUGUCUCACUGCAAUCUUAGAUGUAGCCAUGCUCUGAUUUAAUGUUUACAUUGUCAAAUAAAUAGGCGUUGUUAAUGAAUGUAAAAUGGUCAAAACAUCAAUGUUGUCAAAAGAGUAAAUGUAAUUAUCGGCCUAUUUUUGGAAUUAAUGUAAAGAUACGUUUUGAAUGUAUCUAUACAGACUAAAAUUGGCCAACCACCCAUUGUUUUAAUGAAAACUCCAUAAAAGCUAUGGCACUAGUGUUAUAUGCCUACAUAGUACAAGUUAAAAACAGCAAAUCAAAAUAUUAUAACUAUGUAAGUAUAAAUUAAUUUUUUUUUUUUUUUUUUUUUUAAUUAAUAUACUAUGAUAUCGUGUGGGUUUUUUAACAAAUGGUUAUUUUAUUCAACUAAACCUAUGCGACAUUUAUAUACUACACAAUUCAAAUGUGUUAAUAAAUUAUUGAACUUAUUCUUGAAAUGCAGUCAUGUAUAAUACUUAUGUAUUAAAUACGUAAAGCUUGACAAUUACAUUUUUAUGAGACAUUCGAUCAAUAAAGAUAUCUAAUAAAAGUUAACUACUGCUAUAUCGACUAUUAAUUUAAUCCUUAAGAUCUAAUGAAUCAUUUACAUUUUAUUAAAUUGGUAGGUUUAUAAAUUCAACGCCUAUUUAUCAGCCGAAGCUAUCGUUAUAUUUUUAAUAAAAUAUGAAUUAUCUCGAGUAACUUGUCUAAAUGAAUUUCUUGUACCAAAAUGUUGUCCAAUUAAAAGCUUUGUCUAUUUUGUGUA